AUGUUGUUCUCUCCCUGGCUUGAUACUCUCACAUGCCUGCUCGCAUUCGGGGUGUCUGACAUCGGCGCUACCGUCCUGCGACAAGGCUAUUCUAAUGGACCUCCUCCUGCUUCCGAGCUACAUCAUACCGGACAUCAUGGUUCCAAUUCGACAAAGCUGCAUGGAGGUAUUGCUUCCGAAAGCACCAUCUGCAGUGGUAUCGGUCGCGACUUGCUUCUAAAAGGUGGAAAUGCUGCCGAUGCUAUGGUCGGAAGUGUCUUCUGCGUUGGAGUCAUUGGCAUGUAUCAUUCUGGGAUAGGUGGUGGUGGCUUCAUGCUGGUCAGAGGUGCCGAUGGAGAGUACGAAUUCAUUGACUUCAGAGAGACGGCACCUGCGGCUGCCUUCCAAGACAUGUACAAGAACAACACAGAUGCGAGUAUCUAUGGAGGUCUGGCAAGUGGUAUUCCUGGCGAGGUCCGCGGGCUGGCACACUUGCACCAAAAGUACGGCAAGCUACCCUGGAAGGAGGUCAUGCAGGGUGCCAUCAAGACUGCUCGCUAUGGUUUCCCAGUCACUGCCGACUUAGUUCGCUACAUGGCUUCUGCCACGGCAGGCCAGACGUCCAACUUCCUCGUUGAGGACCCGAAUUGGGCGAUUGAUUUUGCUCCCAAUGGAACGCUGCUACGUCUCAAUGACACUAUCACCCGCCAGCGGUAUGCUUCGACCUUGGAGACCAUCGCAGAGCGUGGCCCCGACGCCUUCUACACCGGUCCCAUUGCCGAAGCCAUGAUCGAGACACUGCAAGCAGCAAACGGAACAAUGACGAUGGGAGACCUGAAGAAUUAUACCGUCGCCAUUCGCGACCCUGUAGAGAUCGACUACAGAGGAUACAAGCUCAAGAGUGUGAGCGCACCAGCAUCAGGUGGUGUUGUGUUAUCGAUCAUGAAGACUCUCGAAGGCUACAACAACAUGGGAGACGAAGCAUACCUCAACCUCAGCACCCAUCACCUCGACGAAGCGACCCGUUUCGGCUAUGGCUUCCGUGCCGAGAUGGGAGAUCCUCUGUUCGUCAAAGGCAUGGACGAAUACCAAGCCGAAAUCCUGAACGCGACCACUGCAGCAGCCAUUCGAGGCCGCAUCUCAGACACCCACACACUCAACCCGUCGGCUUACGACCCUAAGAACCUCGAGAUUUUGGAUACACCCGGAACUUCGCACGUUGUGACGGCCGACAGUUCAGGCAUGGCCAUCUCACUCACCACAACUGUCAACCUCCUGUUUGGCAGUCAGCUUAUUGUGCCUUCCACUGGUGUCAUCAUGAACAACGAAAUGAACGAUUUCUCUAUCCCAGGAACUAAGAACGCCUUCGGUCUCGAGCCCUCAGAAAGCAACUUUGUCCGCCCCGGAAAGCGACCCAUGUCCUCGAUCGCCUGCACUAUCGCAGAGAACCCCGACGGCUCGCUAUACUUUGUUACAGGCUCUGCCGGUGGUAGUAGAAUCAUCACAGCAACCCUGCAGACCCUUUGGCAUGUUUUGGACCAGAACAUGACCGCUGCCGAAGCAUUGAAAGCGCCUCGUCUGCAUGACCAGCUCUCGCCCAAUUAUGUGAGCUUCGAGUACGCCUACGAUAAUGCCACUGUGGAUUACAUGAAGAGUUUGGGACACAACGUGACCUGGGUAGCUCCAGGUCAGAGCACGGCACAAUGUUUGAGGGUACUGAACAAUGGCACCUUCGACGUCGCCAGUGAGCCUCGACAAUUGAACUCGGGAGCCUACGCUGUGUAA